UAGAAACACCAAAUGUGAAAUACAAAGCGACUCCAAGGCUAAACUCUAUAUUGGUGGCCCCCAAACCCCAUGGGAGCCUUAUAUAUUGAGUGUGUGUGUGUGAGGGGGCUUUUAAGUACCUAUAAAGAGGGCCCUUUUAGUUGUAAUGUGACCAGUACAUUUAAGCACUAAGCACAGUGGGAAAUGGGAGAUCAAAUCUGUUUGUUUCAGAACGCUACAUGCUGUUAUUGCAGGCAUGAUUGAAAAAUCUCAUGAGUGAUAUUUAUCUGCAAACGUUAUUCUAAUCAGCAUACAUUGACACCUGCACCAAAGCUAAUUUCCUGUUGAGGAUCAUGCUCCUGUUAUUGCUUUUUCUUUGCCAACAUUACACCUUGUGCCUGUGGCUGUUACUCAUGCUUCAUCUGAGCAAGGCAGAUGAGGAGGAGGAGGAGGUCCUGCAAAAAUGAGGCCAGUCAGCGAUGCGUCCUGAGGGGUGCGGGGUGGGGGAGUCACAGUGUAGCGAGAGGUGAAGCAGUCAAUCCAGUGGGGCACAAGGAGAUUAGUGCAGAGGAGGAGGAGGAGGAGGAGGGUCACUGGGGUAGAAGGGGAUUUUGAGUUUGAACACAAAGGCAGAAGAGGAGGAGUCACAGUAGUAGGGAAAGGGAGUGAAGGCGGGGGAUGAUGAAUCAGAUUUCUCUUUUGUUGUGCAAAUGUUACUAGCCACUGUUACUGCCUAAGAGGCUGGUGAUUGGUGGGCUGGUUUAAAUUGUAAGGUGCAUUUCAGGCUGAUGGCUGUUGCUGCUAGACUUUGAACUGUCACUGAGGGAGGAGUGGGAGGGAAACCACGGCUGUGACAGACAGCAGGAGGAGGGCAACGUUUCUAAAGCGACUGAUCACAGAGAGAGUGUGCCGUUUAAUCAGGAUGUUUAAAUGUUUUAGUUAGCUGUUGGUGUAACUUCCUCUUGUAUCUCAAUUAAAUAAUAGUAAUUUGAUAUUUUUGGAGAUAGCUGAGCAGUACUGAUAUAUAGUAAAUAGUUAAUAAUUAGUUUACAUUUGUCCAAAGGUAACCUUGAUUUAGAAGAGCCUGUUUCUUAUACACUACCAGAAACAUUGAUGACUGUUACAGUGACAAGUAUACUACAGUUAACAUUUUGUGCAGAUAAAGAAAAAUAGAAAUGGAUAUGUCAUAGUGGAGAAAGUAUCAGUAAAGACGCCAGCUUACGGAACCUUAUGCCUUUAAAUGUUGAAGUAUUUAAAAAGCCUGUUGUGUCUUUUUAGUUUUAACUUAAGUAAACUGAAAUCUGAAUAAAUUAUGAAACACAAUCCAGUCCGAAAUCCAUUCCAGGCUUUCCCCAGUUCACUAGUCCCACACCAGUAGUAGUCAUUUGAAAAGGCACCAUGCUUGAUCUAGUGGUGGGUUCUUACCCACACAGUGAAGUUGUUGGAGUCUUCCCUUCCUGAAACCAGACCACUGGGACUAUAACAGUGCACUAGUGCCUAAUGCUAUGGAUGUCCAGAGCCUGAAGGACUGCUGUAUUACUACCAGUGAAAGUGGCAAGAUUUUGUGAAGAAGGACAACUUAACUUCAAAAUCAGAAACUGGACUAAAAGACGUCAUCCAGUUGUUUGUCCUCCUCCUCUCAAAAUGAGCUCCUGGGUGGUGAACAGGAAAGGAGAGCCGCAGUACCGACGGCACUUCUUGGCAGACAAUAGCAUCUUUCAUGUGGAGCGAUGCAUGAGUGUUAUGCAGUCAGGGACACAGAUGGUAAAGCUGAAGGCUGGAUCCAAAGGGUUGGUAAGGCUCUUCUACCUGGAUGAACAUCGUUCCUGCAUCCGCUGGAAGCCCUCACGCAAGAGUGAGAAGGCCAAGAUCACCAUUGAUUCACUGUAUAAGGUGACAGAGGGCGGUCAGUCGGACAUCUUCCAUCGGCAUGCGGAUGGCACCUUCGACCCUGCCUGCUGUUUCACAGUUUAUCAUGGAAACCACAUGGAGUCCCUUGACCUGGUGACAUCAAAUGCAGAGGAAGCCAGAACCUGGAUAACUGGUCUUCGCUACCUAAUGGCCGGAAUUAGUGAUGAGGACUCUUUGGCCAAGCGCCAGCGUACACACGACCAAUGGAUGAAGCAGACGUUUGAAGAGGCCGAUAAGAACGGAGAUGGCCUACUAAACAUUGACGAAAUCUACCAACUUCUUCAUAAGCUGAAUGUCAAUCUGCCACGCAGGAAGGUCAAGCAAAUGUUUCAGGAAGCAGACACAGAUGAUCAUCAGGGCACCCUCACAUACGAGGAGUUCUCUGUCUUCUACAAGAUGAUGUCUCUUAGACGGGACCUGUAUCUGCUGAUGAUGGCAUACAGCGAUAGGAAGGACCACCUGACAGCAGAAGAACUGGCCAACUUCCUGCACAACGAGCAAAAGAUGACCAAUGUGACUCCAGAGUAUGUUGCAGAAAUCAUUGACAAGUUUGAAGUGUCAGAAGAAAAUAAACAACAAUGUGUUAUGGGGAUUGAAGGUUUUACAAAUUUCAUGCGCUGUCCAACGUGUGACAUUUUCAACCCACUGCACCACGAGGUAAAUCAAGACAUGGACCAGCCUCUGUGUAACUACUUCAUCGCCUCCUCUCACAACACCUACUUGACCGGAGAUCAGCUCCUCUCCCACUCCAAGACUGACAUGUAUGCCUGGGUGCUGCAGUCUGGUUGCCGCUGUGUGGAAGUGGACUGUUGGGAUGGUCCCGAAGGAGAGCCGAUGGUCCAGCAUGGCUACACUCUGACCUCAAAGAUCCCAUUCAAGUCUGUCAUAGAGACCAUCAAUAAAUACGCCUUCAUAAAUAACCAGUAUCCAGUGAUUCUCUCCAUAGAGAACCACUGUAGCAUCCAGCAGCAAAAGAAGAUUGCACAGUACCUGCGAGAAAUCUUUGCAGACAAACUGGACAUAGGAGAUGUACUGAGUGGAAACUGCAAAACAUUACCCAGUCCUCACAGCCUGCAAGGCAAGAUACUCAUCAAAGGAAAACGCCUGCCUGCAUAUCUGUCUGCAGAUGCUGAAGAAGGGGAGGUGUCCGAUGAUGACAGCGCUGAUGAAAUUGAGGACGACUUCAAGCUCAAGAGCAGUAAUGGCAAUGGUCAUCACCAGGUGGAGUCUCACAUCAGAAAGAAACUGGACUCUCUUUUAAAGGAGUCUCGGAUCGGAGACAAGGAAGACACUGACAGCUUCAGCAUCAGAGCUUUGCUCCGAGCCACACACCAGGGUCUUCAGAAGAAUCUGCGGCAGAGCUCCAGAGGGGUUCUGAAGAAAUCCCAAAGCAGAUCGUUCAUCACGACACUCAAACAGAAGAGGCACUCCAAAUCCAGGCUGACAUGCCAAAGCAUGGACAAGGAAGAAGAUGGUCAGGAGAGGUCUGGGAGGGAGGCUGGAGGACAGUUCAACAGGUGUGGAAGAAAGAGGAAGACGAUGAAACUGAGCAGAGAUCUGUCAAAUCUCGUGGUGUUCACCAACUCUGUUGCCUCACAGGAGUGUCUUAAUGAAGGCACUGCAGGUGACGUUCUGUCUUUCAGUGAGACCAGAGCACAGUCUCUGGUGAAUCACAGAACAGAAGAGUUCCUGGCUUUUAACCAGAGGCAGCUGUCUCGAAUUUAUCCCUCGGCAUAUCGCAUCGACUCUUCCAAUUUCAACCCUCAGUUCUACUGGAACGUGGGUUGUCAGUUGGUUGCACUCAACUAUCAGACAGAGGGGAGGAUGAUGCAGCUGAACAGAGCCAAGUUUAUGGUGAAUGGAGGUAUUGGAUAUGUCCUCAAGCCUCCUCCAAUGUGUAAAGGCACCUUCAACCCAUUCAGUGAUGAUCCCCUUCCAGCUUAUCCCAAGAAACAGCUCAUUCUCAAGAUCAUUAGUGGACAGCAGUUGCCCAAACCGCCAGAUUCCAUGCUGGGGGACCGUGGAGAGAUUAUUGAUCCUUUUGUUGAAGUGGAAAUAAUCGGUUUGCCAGUUGACUGCUGCAAGGAACAGACCCGAGUUGUUGAUGACAAUGGUUUUAACCCAGUAUGGGAGGAGACUCUGACCUUUACACUUCAUAUGGCUGAGGUGGCAUUGGUGCGUUUCCUUGUCUGGGACCAUGACCCGAUUGGAAGGGACUUUAUUGGUCAACGGACUGUUGCUUUCACCAGCCUGAUGCCUGGUUACAGACAUGUUUACUUGGAAGGGCUAACUGAAGCUUCCAUUUUUGUGCACAUGUCAGUGCAUGAUGUCUAUGGGAAGUGGAGCCCUCUAGUGCUGAACCCCAGCUUUACCAUAAUGCACUUUCUAGGAUCUAAUAAGAGUAAUCAGCUACGAGGUAUCCGAGGUUUCUUUAACCGUUCUUCCAAGUCCUCCGUUGAUACAAAUUCCAGUGGUCCUCGAAAACGCUCCAUCAGUGAUCACCUCCUGCGACGCACUGCAAGUGCCCCGGCAAAGGGACGAAAGAAGACAAAGAUGAUGCUGUCAGAGUCAGUGGCUUCAAUAUCAGACCAAAAGAAUGGCACAGGUGCAGCUGCUGCAGGAGGAGAGGGUGUGUCUGGGAAGGAAGGAGGGAUGGAGAAACGUCUCCAGCCCCGAGCCCCACUUAUUCACAGGCCGAUCUCCAUGCCCUUAGACAGACUUCUGCAAGGGCAGCUUUCCAUCUGCUCCCCAGACAAAGAACAGCAUGACAUGGGUGCAGACACUGUUAUUGGAUCCUGCCUUUUUGACAGGCCCAGGUCUUCCUCUGUUGACCUACUCAUCGAAUCAUCACUUGCCACAGAAUCAAACGCCCCUUCUCCCUCUAAGACAUACAGAAACAAAGAAUUUCACCAGUCAGAGACUUCUUAUCUGGUUGUUGGUGUUGGAGAAGUGAGGAAGGAAGAAGACUAUGCGAAUUACCAGCCAGAAGACAACAAGUCCAAGAUCAUCUCCACAGGAACAGAGAAAAACUCUCUUGUAUUGCCUGCAAUGAAUAGCCAGAUGCAACUGGAUAAACCAGAAACAUCAUCAAGUAGCACAACAUUCACAGCUGCACCUUCAGUGUCUUCAUCCUCCUCCUCUGUCCCCUCAUCUGUGGCCCCUCUUUCCCCUGUCAACAGGUACUGUGAUUUAAAGAGCCCCAGCUCUAUGCAUGACAGCACAAUUUCCAGAAUUAUUGAUGCUGUAUCCUUAGGCAAUGAGGAAGACACAUGUGGCUCUGUUUCAGCUCUUAUUGGUCAGUUUGAAAGCACUGUUGACCAAAACAGUUUCACAUCUUGUGAUAUGAUCCCGUCCCAUCACUCAAACUUGAGGCCUACUACCCCUAAAACACUGGAAGAGUUCAGAUCUCCUCUGAAAACCAGUGCAGAUUCCCCCUACAAGAAAAAUCCCACAAGUCCCCAGAAGGCAGUUCAUAAAGCGAAUAAUGUAAAUUGGGAAAUCUGUUCACCUCACAAAACUACCCAACCUGCACCAGCCCUCAUCUCCAGCCCAGAAACCACUGAGCUCGAGGAGGUCUAUACCAUUCUAGAUGAGGAGGUUUUGUCGCCAGUAUCAGUGUACAACCUGAAGAAACAGACAGUCCAUGUUCAGGCAGACACUUUAAAGAGCACACCCUCAAGCAGUUUGGGGUCAUCUCCAGCAAAGGUGGUUCAAGGACUGGGGAAAAGUCAUAAUAUAGGCUGGGAUUGUGUGGAAAGAAAAAGAGAUGAGGAGAUAGAGGAGAGGGUGUAUGAAGAGGUGACUGAUCCCCCAGGACCAAUGAGUGAAACAGAACAAAAUACUUCUAAAAGGUACAUAGGCUCUUCUGUAAACGGUCACAGUUUUCACAUUGCCCACGAUUCAUCUGGAAAGGUUUUUACAGAAGUGGAGUUAAAUGUUGAUGAGGAUCCACUGGAGACAAUGCUGACUUCCCCAAGACAUUAUGAGUUUGGGCUUAUGAGUCCUAUCAAACGCCAGGCUAUUUAUGAAAACCAUGAGUCCACUCCUAGCUGCUUCCUACAAAAACAGCCUUCUUCAUAUUAUGAUUCCCAACAGCAGUACUCAUCACGUUCCUCUCACGUUGCAUUUUCACAGCAUCAUUCCCCCAUGAAUCAACCUUCUUAUCAGCAGUUCAGUCACGAUGAACACCAUGACAACUCCCAGGCUUCCCUCCACUAUAGACUUUUUAACUCUAGACCCUCUAAUCCCAGUCCAGUGCGUCAAAACAGCUACCCCAUACCUCAGAGAAAUUCCGAGGCCCUUAACCACACCAGAGACUUCAGCACUUCCUACCAGCAGAGGAGCUACAGUGGGAAUCGUAUCCUAAACAUGUCUCAUCAAGACAGGCUGGGGUAUGAACAGCUGGAGAGGGAGCAAGCAGGAUGUUACCAAAAUGGUAUUUGCUCUUCGGAAAGCCUCCAUGAUCAAUCUGCUACAUCUGUAAACAGCUGUAGAGACAGAGGCCUUUAUUCCCCCUCUUCAGACUGUGAAGCAGUAUACAGCCAUCUGGACUAUGACUGCAUUAUGUCCUCUCCAGCUCCACAGAACAGCCAGCUACACAACCAAAGUCAAACACAAUCAUUUGACCAACAGCAGUCAUGGAACCAAAAGGUUUCUCAGAUUAAUUAUAGGCACCAGCCACAGGCUGAAACCAGAACUACACGACAGUCUAGUUUAAAGCCGUUAUCACCUCUUUCUCAGUCUGAUACUAUAGACUCCACAGCCCCCAGCCCAUGCAAAUCCAAAUCCCUGGGAGACUUAACCUCUGAAGACAUAUCAUGCAACUUUCAGAGCAAAUACCACAUUAUUAGUCGCAGUUUCAUCACGCCCCAUAUGAGGAAGCAAAAGAAGUCGGGCACCAUAGAGGGAGUAACUUUCCAGUCACAGUCUUGUGAUCCUCUUACCGAACAGCUACGUAAGCUGGUCAGUUUGGAGGGGGAUGACAGUGACAUUGAUAGGCCCCAGUCUCCUCAGUUGCAAGCAAAAUCCCCACUGUCACAGCCACAGGCACCAAGUUUAGCUCCUGUUGUGUCCAGGGAUACAGAUGAUUCCCCUCCACCCCUAACACGUCGCCUAUCCUCCCGUAGUCAAAGCCGUGUACGUCACAUCAAUAGCCGGGCUCGGGAAAGACAGCAAGAAGCUCUAAAACCUCGCUCAGGGGUGGUCAUCAAUAGCACUGCCGGCAUUGGUGGGGUAGUAUUAAGGAAUAAACCAGCCUCACAGAAUCCUCCAACGAACAGACACUCUACUGGUUCUUACAUAGCAGGUUAUCUUGGUCAGCUGGAGGACAGGGGACUUCCCGAAGGAGCUUGCACAUCAUUACGUUACGGAAAUGGUGACCAUUAUGGAGAUCGAUACUAUACUGAUGACUCUCUUCCACCUGCAAACACAAGCCACUCAGUGUCUGAGCCCGAGGUCUACUUUCUGCUCAGACUCUAAUUCUGAUAACUUUACAUGAAAUUAAGAAUCUGCCAGUGAUUCUUGAUUAACUUCAGUUAUACCAAAAGUCUGGGGAUCAAUGAAAUAAGCACUUGCCCUUGCUUGUUCUCAUAUUUGUUAACCCCGAGUUGAAUAAAUGUUUAUUCUGGGCUGUUUUUAGAAAAGAUAAAAGUGAAGCAUCUCAUAUAAUCCAUGGUUGGAUCUGACAGCAUGAAUUGCCUGUAUGAAAUGUCCACUAUUUCAAUAGUGAAUGGUCUUUCUAGUCGGCUAUGUAUCGUCUGUAUUCUGCUUAAUGUGUAAAUGUACUUGGGAACUUUGAGUCCCUCCAAACGGCUUCCUAGACUGAUUGUACAGAUACUUGUUAUCUUUGUCUCUGUGAUGUACUGUCCAAAAUAUGUACACUGACUAUGAAGCAAAAAAAAAGAAGUAUUGGCUGUUAAGCAGAGAGGGAAUGUCUUUCUUUGUAUCAUUUGAAUGUGUAGUAGUAUCAAACAGCUACUUUGAAUUGAUGGGUUUCAUCUUCAUAUCAAAUGUAAGUCUUCCUUCUCUUUCCAGCGGUAUUUCUUUAUUUGUGUUGUGUGUAAAUAUUCCUGACAUGAUUUUUCAUCUCAGAUGAGUUUUAGUUGAGAAUCAGUUCUAACUGUACAUUUAUGUUUGUGCAUGUUACUUGUGAACAUGUCAAGCAUGACUAUGCACCAGUUUAUAAAAUAGGUGUUGCAUUGACCAACCUUAUUUGCACAGAACAAACGGUUGUAUUGGAUACAACAGAGGGCAUAGGUUUGUUUGUAUUGGGUGCAAUACAGUACAUAGACUUCUUUGCUUGGACUUGUUGCUCUUUUUGAUUUGUAGAAUUUGAAAAUGUGAUUGCAAAUUAAGAAAAAAUUGAGUUUAAAGGUUUUUAUUUUUAUAAUUGCUUUGAUACAGACUGCAAAAAUGAUCUUUUAGUUCUGUUCAUUUUUAUUUUGUAUAACGUGAUGGACUGAAAAGGCAGAGUGACAACUACACCGGGCCAAGCAGAGGAGAGGAGCGUAGUAAGGCUGCAGUUUUGGUGGGUUUUUUCUUUUUUGUUUCAGUGUUGCACCAUCUUUUUUCUUUGUAUGGCUGCUCACUGAAGAACUAUGAGCAUUUUCUUAUCAAUGCAAUAAAAUUAUGAGAUAUUUGGUUUCAACAAA